AUGGAGAGCAACCUCAACAACCCGGAGAUGCCCUCCUCCUCGACGCAGGCCGUCCACGGCCGGAAGCGCUUCGAGGUGAAGAAGUGGUCGGCCGUGGCGCUCUGGGCCUGGGACAUUGUCGUGGACAACUGUGCCAUCUGCCGCAACCACAUCAUGGACCUGUGCAUCGAGUGCCAGGCUAAUCAGGCCUCCGCCGCCUCGGAGGAGUGCACCGUCGCCUGGGGCGUCUGCAACCACGCCUUUCACUUCCACUGCAUCAGUCGCUGGCUGAAGACCCGCCAGGUCUGUCCGCUGGACAACCGCGAGUGGGAGUUCCAGAAGUACGGCCACUAA